CGUAACAGUAAUAUUUCACAGUUUGGCAGCCAAUAUAGUUUCUACAGAAGUURCAUCGAUCAAACAUUUGUUUAUAAGCAAAAUAUGUCAACAUCACUACAAAUAGAUAAAAUAACACCAGAAGAGUUAAAGAAACUACGUACAGAAUGCAUGGAACGCUUACGUGAGGCGAAACUCUAUGAAUUGCGAAACGAUGCCAAGUKKCGGGCGGUGAAUACGACUCAAACCUAUGAUGAAUUCAAAGACGUCGUGGAUGCGUCUCAUUUACGACCGAUUAGUAAACAUGAUAAAAUGAACGCGAAGACGAAGAGUCGUUUGUGGAAUUCAGCUGCACGGGAAAAUUAA